AUGACCGCAAGAAUAGUUUUCCGUAUCUUCGUUCUGGCUCUCCUGCUCUACAGCGCAGUAACUCAAAAAUGUCCUGCAGGUGGUAGAUCCGAGAGCUCCAUCGUGGGCUGGAUGUUACGCGGACACGUGUACGACACUCUUAUCGCUGAACUUCCGUUUACGUGCGUAUUCAAGUGUCGCGAAGACAAUCGAUGCCAAAGUUUUAACUGGGUUAUAUCUCUUCUUACGUGCGAGUUUAACAACAGGACAAAAGAAGCCAGGCCUGAGAACUUCAUUCCAAACCAAGACAGAUCUUACUAUCGACGCGAUUUACAACGAGGUAAGCCAUCAUUAAAUGCCGUGGAUACUCUUAAGUUCAAUGCCCGGUCCGGGGAGGCUCCCCCCGAACGGGGUACCUUUGUCAGGCUUCAUAUAUAUGAAAGGGCGAAGAAAUUUCACUGCUUGAAGUAUAUGAAAGGGUAGGAAAAUUAUGUAGGCCUAUAAAAUGACUUAAAAGAGCUAACAGAUGCAUUUUAUGGAUGUGAAAUAGCCGACGGAAAUUUUUCCGGUUUUGUGCCAAUUUUGUGCUUAUUCAUGUUUAAAAGACAGAGCAUUUAAAGCAGUUAAGAGGAAUGCAAAAUUACCGUAAAAUCCCACGUUAAAGCCCCCCGGAUUAAAACCCAUCCAUUUGCUAACGAAGAUAUUAUUCUGGAUACAAACCUCCCCGGAAUUAAAUUGGAACUAUGAAAAUACGAAAUUGUGAUCGAAAUACAGAUAUGAACUUUGUUAAAGCUACUGAGGGGAAAAUUUCUUGUAGUUUUUAUUUACUUUCGUCCUGUUCUGUUCCAGUUGUUUCAAGUGUUUUAUAGAUGUUUUUGAAAUACAUUCUCUGUUUAUUGUUUCAAAUGUAUGAUAAAAAAUGUAACCCUAAAUGUAAUGGUGUAAUGGUAAUUCGGUUUAGAUAUGUUUUAUCCCGUCUUUCCGAAACAUUUUUUCCGUUUAUACCUCCCCCCACCCCCACCCCCCGAUAUAAGCCACGCCUCGUUUAUAAGUUCACCCAAAACCCCUUAUGAAGUUAUAUAAACCCAGGGCUUUAACGUAGGAUUUUACGGUAGUUCUGAACUAGCUAGGUAUGUUCAAUAGGUAGCAUUCGUGAAUGGAAGGUAUACGAAAGGGGUACCUUUUUUUUCCAAAACGUUAUAUAAAAGGGUAAAGGGUUGGACCUCGGGGAGGAACCUCCCUGCAUAAAACGUUGCUGAGUAGCGCCCCGUGCAUAAAUUAAAAACUAUGCGGGGGUAAAGGCAAACUGAUAAUAAAGAAUUGUUUUUUAACCUUUCAGUUCCCCUUGGUUCGAUUCAAGAACUACCAGCUGAGACUUGUGACGAAAUAAAGAGGAGUGAAGGACACGCUGUUAGCGGGAAAUACUGGUUUUCCACUAUAAAAUCUGGUACAUCUCUUCUGGCCUAUUGCAAUAUGGAGACCAACGGUGAGUUUAGUCAGUUAUACAAUUGGCGACUACCGUUUAGCUGAUUGUGCCCUCUGAUAAGUUAAUUUAUGAUUAAUUAUUAGACGACUGACGUAAAUGUUUCAUAUUUAGUCACAGAUGCGGUGACUGAUGAAAAAUUAACCGGUAGAUUUAAACUGAUAAGACACGGAGAAAAAAAAAAUUUUAAGAGGAAAAAAGACUCAUGGAAUCACGAAAGAAUGGGUACUCUUCGCGUCACAUGUUAGGGCCUGAGUAAAUGCCCAUCAAUAAUUUUUUCGUCAAUCGAUAUGUUCGCUGUUCUAGACAUUGACGAAUGCGGUGCUUCUUCUCCUGUAUGUGACAUCAAUGCAAACUGCUCCAAUACUCGUGGAUCGUAUAUCUGUACAUGCAGGACAGGAUAUACAGGCGAUGGAAAAACUUGCCAAGGUAGGAUAAAUGUCGAUUUACUGUGAUAACAACGAAGAGGGCAGACUUCUGGGGACUUGUGACGACCAGUAAAAAUCGGCAAUCCAUCGAAUCGAGUCCUUUUAUAUACGGGCAGUGCAUGACAUCAUGCCUGGGGUUAUACUUCUGUUAUUAGAAACUUUCUGGAUAAAUGUAAGUGUAUAGAAAUUCUUUAAAAGGGCGCGCAAGAAUUAAAACGUUUAAUGUCUGUUAUUUAGCCAAGAAAUGUAAUGCCGUCAUGUAAUGCCCACCAAACCAAGUAGAAAAAGAAAAAAAAAUUAUGAAGCAACAGCAAGCGGGAGAUUUAAACUGGUGAUACGGAGAAAAAAAGAGAAAAGAGACUCGUGUCACGAAGGAAUGAGUGCUCCUCGCGUCUCAUGUUAGGGCCUGAGUAAAUGCCCCUCAAUAUUUUUUUCAUCAAUUAAUAUGUUCGCUGUUCUAGACUUUGACGAAUGCAGUGCUUCUUCUCCUGUAUGUGACUUAAAUGCCAACUGCUCCAAUACUCGUGGAUCGUACAUCUGUACCUGCAGGACAGGAUAUACAGGCGAAGGAAAAACUUGCCAAGGUAAUUAAGAUAAAGGUCGAUUUACUGUGAUAACAACGAAGAUGGCAGAUUCUCAGGGACUUGUGACGACCAGUAAAAAAUCGGUAAUCCAUCGAAUCCUAUCCGUUUAUAUACGGGCAGUGCAUCACAUCAUGCCUCGGGUUACACGCCUGUUAUUAGCAACUUUUUUGGGUAGCCUGAGAAAACAGCCGACCUUUGGCGACGCUACCACUGAUUUCCCCGCCAAAUGACGUCUGAGGAACGAGCGCAGACAUUCCAUACUGAUCACGCGUCAUUGCCCAGAUCCGGGUUCUGAUUGGUCGUGCAGCAUGGGAAAUUUUAGUCAACUAAUCAGAAGCACUUCCCAGAUCUGGGUGGUGACGUCAUAAGUAUGGAAUUUCUGCGCUCGUUUCUCAGACGUAAUUUGGCAGAAAAACCGGUGGUGGCGUCGCCAAAUGUCCAUUGUUUUCUCAGGCUACUUUUUGGGUAAAUGUGAGUAAUGUAAGUGUAUACAAAUUCUUCAAAAGGCCGCGCAAGAAUAAAAACGUUUGAAGUCCGUUAUUUAACCGCAAAAAGUAAAACUGAGAUUACUUAGUAGCCCACCUAGCCCAGUAGAAAGAAAUUAUGAAGCAACAGCAACCGGGAGAUUUAAACUGAUAAGACAUGGAAAAAAAGAGAGAAUUUUUAAGGGAAAAAAUACUCUUGUCAAGAAGGAAUGAGUACUGCUCGCGUCACAUGUUAGGGCCUUAGUUAAUACCCUUCAAUAAUUUUUUCAUCAAUCAAUAUGUUUGUUGUUCUAGACAUUGACGAGUGCAAUGCUUCUCUUCCUGUAUGUGACAUCAAUGCAAACUGCUCCAAUACUCGUGGAUCGUAUAUCUGUACCUGCAAGUCAGGAUAUACAGGCGACGGGAAAACGUGCCAAGGUAGGAUAAAUGUCGAUUUACUGUGAUAACAACGAAGAGGGCAGAUUUCCAGGGACUUGUGACAACCAGUAAAAAUCGUCAAUCCAUCGAAUCCAGGCCGUUUAUAUACGGGCAGUGAAUGAGAUCAUUCCGCGGGUUAUACUUCUGUUAUUAAAAACUUUUUGGAUAAAUGUCAGUGUAUACAAAUUCUUUAAAAGGCCGCGUAUUAAGAAUUAAAACGUUUCAAGUCUGUUAUUUAACCGCGAAAAGUAAUGCUGUGAUUACUUAGUAGCCCAUCUAGACCAGUGGAAAAACAAAAACAAAAUUAUGAAGCAACAGCACCGGGUAACCCAAGGUUUUUGGAACAGCCUAUAUAGAUAAACUCUGCUUUAGAAGAAUUAUGAGAGAUCUGUAAAAAAUGUUGAUGAGUUCAGGCGUGGACAACUCGAUGGCGAAGAAGAAGAAAACUCUAAGACGUUUUUGUUCCCUGUUGAGGAAAUUCAGACUGUUUUCAACGGAAAUUGAACAAGAUUGAAUAUUUUCAUUAUUAUUACUUUUCAUUAUUAUUUGAUUUUAUUUUGUUACCAAGGAGCCUACGAUAGAUCCUUGGGGAACUCCAAUAUUUUUGUUUUUCUAGACAUUGACGAAUGCAGUGCUUCUUCUUCUAUAUGUGACAUCAAUGCCAACUGCUCCAAUACUCGUGGAUCGUAUAUCUGCACCUGCAAGGCAGGAUACUACGGCGAUGGAAAAACUUGCGGAGGUAGGAGAAAAUAUAAUUAGCUAAUCUAAAGGUCAGUUACCCUUUACUGUUAUAACAUCAAUUAUGGAAGUUUCCUAAGGACGCGCGACAUCAUAGUAUUCAAAAUUGUGUCUAAUGAGAUCGGCAAUCCGCUGAAUCCGCCGGUAAGUUUUCGUAUCCAGCAUUGACGUCAUACCUCAUGUUCUGCUUUUGCUAGAGCCUAUAACACGGAGCGAGCAACUUCCAUGUACUCUUGUCACGGCGUUUUCACCAAUGAUUUUGGAGCGAAUUUAGACUUAGGUCUCCCAAACCAGUCAGCAAAAGGAAAAUGCCUGAAACUAGCAUUUUUGACUUUUAAAUAACUCUGUAUCAUGAGCCGCCGCUUAAGAUCAUGCACUACCUCACUUCCGUCCAAAGUGCAAAUGGCGUAAAUUUAAAUCAUCUAGCUCAUUGUAAGGAUUAGAUUUGAAUAAGGAUCUAGGACGUUACAUUAUUCAUACUUAUUUAUGCAUACGGCGUACAUUAAUUCUAUAAUUGAAUUUAUGUCUACAUUUUUUUUCACAAAUAACGUACUUAUUUUUCUAAAUAUAUAUUACUUCUUUUAAGAAGUAAUUACUCAAUUGUUGAGUGAGACUGAGUAGGAUGAAGAAUUUUGCAGAUGGAGGAAGAUGUUGAGGUGAAUAGCAUCCUCCGAGAUCUGUAUAAUUCUUCACAUUAUACGAAAGCCUAAUUCAUUCAUUGUCUUAUUUUUCAUGCAAAAUAUUUCUUUAUUCUUAUUUAACAACUUUUCCUCAUCGAAGACUUUAUUCAAACCUUUCGCUUAUUUCCCGGCACAGUUUUUCCUUGCAGUGCUCCCCAUCGAGCGAUUUGUUUUGCGUAUUCUUGCAAUUCUUCCGUUUAGUUUUAGUUUAAAAUUCAACUAUUCCGGAUGGUCGUGAACGCCUUUUUUUCAGAAUUUACUGUUGAAUAAUCAGCUACUCGGCCGCGCCAGGAAACGAAGUUGAUCGAUACCAUAUUAAGAACACGCGAGCAAUUUACCAUCGAUUUGAUGGCAUAUUGCUCCAUCCUCCAAAUAUCGUAAACGCUAGUUGAUUAGGGACUUUGAGCCAAUCAGAAGCGGCGAAGUAUUUUGAAUGAAUAAUUGUAAUUAACGUAUUCUAUUUACGCUAUUUCAUUUUAUCAGCUGUUCAUUUAUGUUUAUCGAACAUUUUGAUAUAUCUAUAUAGAUGCUUCAGCGUAAUAAGUGUUUAAAUUAUUUUAAGUGAUAUCAGUUUCGAAAAAAUAUGUUACCUGAAUCACCUUUUCUUUUCUCUUCCUGUAUAUCAGUUUUCGCAAAAGGACUGAAUGACUCAGUUAUCUUAAGAGAUAAUGAGCAUCACUUAGCUAAUUUAAGCGCAUGGCUCAAACCAGUCGCCCAAAGCGAAUCUUCAAAAUGGAAGCGCUGUUGGCGGGCGUCCGUGGAUGGCUGGGCUGCCAGUACUUUUCACAGCGGAUGUGACAACAAAGGACCAACUGUAACAAUCAUAAGAGUCGGAGGGAAGUACAUAUUUGGAGGGUACACUAGCCUCUCAUGGGGUAAGCUCUAA